ACAAUUUUCAAAAUGUAGUACACCACUCGCUCACGGCUCACAUCAUGUGGGCACGGUUGGCUGUUGAGUGUUAUGGUUCAGUCUGUGAGACUAAUUUAAAGAGGUUACACUUUUAUUUUGAAUUGGAAAACAACCCCCAGGACUGACUUUUCACUGAGUGAUAAGUGUGCCCUUCGAAGGUUAAUUCUCUUUCUGGAUUUGCUUCCAUAGAUGCCUUGUUCAGGAUAUCAUCUGACCGAUGCCUGAUCAAGCACAGACUGUAUCCGGUGGUGUACAUUUCCCCAUCUAUGUCACCCUUUUUUAUUCAGUCAGUGUUAAUUUCUCUUCUCUUUUUUUACAGAUUAACUGUUGUUGGUUAUUGCAAGAGGAGUCGUUGGCACAUUUCAAGUCCAGGAAAGCACUUGCUGUUCCCACAUUCAGAUAAAAUGCUGUUACUAGCUGCAAUCGUCGGUGCUGCCAUGCUGUGCACCGUUGGCGCAACUUCGGGCAUGGGCGCUGUUGGCGACUCCUGUUCGACGGACACGUUUUGCAACUAUGAAGGCGACUCUCCAAUAGAUCACACGAAAUGUGACAGUUCGGCGUGUGUAUGUACCAGCUUGUAUUACGGAGAAGCUGGCGAUACGAACUGUGUUCAAGCUUCACUCGGCGAUAAUUGUGCUGGCAAAACGGACGCUGCUGCGUUUUGUGCAACAAGUGACCCUGAUGCAGAGUGUGCCAGCGACGUCUGUGCCUGCAGUGCCGGAUUCUACGAAACCAAAAGUUUAGUUGAUGGAACCACGCAUUGCUCUGAAAUCGCAGUCGGAACGCCAUGCGACUCCUCGGCUGGUGGUGAUGCUUUCUGUCGAACGGGCCUUCCUGCAGAUUCUGAAUGCAUCGUCAUAACGCAAACAUGUGAAUGUCCCAGUGGAAAGACCUAUGUACCGUCCCUUGAUCUCUGCCAUAUUGAAAGUUUCCAUGCCACAUGCGCAACGUGCAGACAAACUGGCGGACAUUGUUAUGACAUUGAGGAUGACGAUUCCCCCACUGGAUGUGUCUGUCCUCCAUCUAAGGAUAGCAGUGGCGUGGCCCUUACAGUAGGAUGUGACCUUGGCAUCGCUCCGAUUGGCGACUAUUGCGAUCCAACUGGAACACCUGCAGUGAAUUGUGAAUUGGGCCACUCGAGUUGUGUUCACGCAGGCGAACUUAAUCGUCGCUUCACCUGUCAAUGUGACCCUGGGUAUCACGCCAUAACUUUAUUUGGAGAAGAACGCGAAUGCUAUCGCUCAAUUUCCAAAGAAACUGAUGGUAACUGCAGGUGGUGCCAGUCACGCGGUGGCAUAUGUUAUGACAUUGACGAUGAUGGUGUUCGUGAUGGGUGUAUGUGCCCAGCAACUAGGAGUACCUCAGAUCCUCAUGAUACCAGCACUGAUUGUGACGUAAACCACGUGGCAGUUUCCUGUUCUGCAAGUAGAAUGAACAUAUGCUACACUCCCCACGACACUACUCGCCUCCCUGGCAUGGCAACCAAACUAACCAAUGGGGAUGCGUACGUUUACAUAGGUGGCCACCUUGGAAAAGAUCCUUGUCGAUUUGAAUACGAUGGAAGUAGUGACUGGUGUGUGGGCCUCGACCUUGCUUCCGACCAGACUGAUACUUGUGGUACCCGUGUUUCCUUUCCAACGAAGCGCCACAUCACUUACAACAACUGGAUGGUCCUUCAAACUACUGCCAUUGGAAGGACCAGGUCGGAUGAGAGCGUCCAUCUUUACUGUCAAUACGAUACUAUCUCGCAUGUGUUCACCGAAACCGGAACGAAAGUUGUCGGGUUUGCCUCUAUGGCGUCCGAGGGAGAUGAAGUGCACCCUGUCUUAACAAUGGAUGUUCAUGAUGAAUUCGGCCGGGACGCAACCGUGCAGGGCAUCAGACAAGGCCAGCCAACAAUGCUCAUCAUAGAGAUGACGGAAGACAAGAGCGUGUACCACUCCAUCAGGCCAGAAGUUUGCAUUGCCUCAAACCGGCCAGAAUUGUCCAACCCGGCUACAUCCUCCCUUCUGCUGCUUUAUGAAGGUUGCCCAGUCGUGGACUCCUACCUGAACGCGAAGAACACGUUCUAUCCCGAUCCAGCUGAUGCAGAGGUAUCGAGGACUGGUUACUUCCCAAUGUUUCAAUUAGAGAAUACGCAAUUUAUGUUCUUUCACUGUGCCGUCAAGGUUUGCAGGAAUGACGAAGACUGUGACCCGGUUGACUGUUCCGGUAGAAUUAAAAGAGCCAUUGCAUCAUUGGAAGGCGACGUUAUCCUGCAGCGUGAAGUACGGGAACUGCAAUCGGGGUCGACUAGAUUGGAGGCUCUUAACACUGGACCCGUGCAGAUUAUUGCAGAUUCGAAAUCCAGCGGAAGUCUUUCCGAGAAAACUGAGAAAUCUGAUACUGCCCUACCUCGCAAAUAUCUUUUUCUGAUCAGCAUUGGCGGAGUAGCCAUGAUUCUCGUGAUAGCAGUUGCCGCUGCAAUUUUAGUCACGAUGAGAUCACGCAGGCGGAGGAGAGCCCCAAGGAAAUUAAUCCCAGAAUCUGCAGUAUCGGUCAUGCGCUACGAAACCCAUAUGUAAAGUUCGUUCUGGCUCUUUACAUUUCUAACGCCGUCCGGACUGAGACUGCGUAGAAUGCCCAAUCAACCUAGAGUUCUAUGCAAGGCAAGAAACUUCAGAAUAGAUCGAGGACGAUGUUUACAUGAGGAUUUAUAAUUUUGUUAAAAAGUUGUUUGCUCGAAUUCGCCAUUAUUAUAAAACUACCGGUCUGUUUUAAUGAUUAGAAGUAACUUGUUUUGUUCGUUAUUCAAUGUUGUGUACCGGUCAUUCAAUGUUGUGUACCGAUCAUUUGAGUUUUUUUUACUGCUGUUUAACUUGUUUUAAUUAUUCAGUGUUCAGUGUUAAUUGUGCUGCGAGUUGGCUAUUUGGCCAAAAAUACUCGGCUCCGAAAAACCAAUUGAUUUCGCGACAGUUCAGAUUUAGUUCUUUUUUAUACAUGUAACGUAUUGUAUGUUUAUAAUGUAUUUUAUGUUUAUUUGUAAUGUAUCGUUCCUUUUCCAUGUUCUCUAACUACAUUUUUAUUAUUUGGCUGUUUUUGCGACACCUAAUCUUUGCUGGUUAAAUAAACGCUACCAAACCUA